UCUUCUCCCUCCUCGUUAUCCACUCGGUCACUCACACCCCCCUUCCCCCGACCACUUCGCCGCCCGCUCCAAUGGCGCUGUCCCCGGCGGCGCCGGCCAACUCCUCCUGCUUCCACCCCCGCGCCGCCGCCAGCCCACCCUCCUCUCUCAGCGUGGGCACCAGGGUUUUCGUCGGGCUCAGGGCGCAGACCAAGCUCGGUUCGUCGGAGUCGUCGUGCCCGAAUGUCAGCGCUGGGUUCUACACCGCCGUCAACCGAAGGAUCUCUCUGGGGUUGUCGAACAAGAGGGCUACCAGAGCCCGCAUUUCGAUGAUGCCUAUUGGUACUCCACGAGUGCCUUACAGAACACCUGGUGAAGGAACUUGGCAAUGGCUUGACAUAUGGAAUGCUCUGUAUCGUGAACGGAUUAUCUUCAUUGGGGACAAUAUAGAUGAAGAAUUCAGCAACCAAGUGUUGGCAAGCAUGCUGUAUCUUGAUAGCAUUGAUAAUACAAAGAAGAUACUUCUAUACAUUAAUGGACCAGGAGGAGAUCUUACGCCGUGUAUGGCAUUAUAUGAUACCAUGCUAAGCCUAAAAAGUCCUAUUGGUACGCACUGCUUGGGUUUUGCAUUCAACUUGGCAGGAUUUAUUCUUGCAGCUGGUGAAAAGGGUUCCCGUACUGGCAUGCCUCUAUGCCGGAUUUCACUUCAGUCACCUGCUGGAGCAGCUCGAGGCCAGGCUGAUGAUAUAGAAAAUGAAGCAAAUGAGCUUAUUCGUAUCAAGAACUAUCUUUAUGGCAAGCUCGCAGGGCACACAGGUCAUCCUGUCGAAAAGAUUCAUGAGGACCUAGCUAGGGUGAAGCGCUUCGAUGCUGAAGGGGCUCUCGAAUAUGGGAUUAUUGACCGUAUUAUUAGGCCUUCCCGGAUCAAGAAAGAGGGGUCCACUGGUGAAAGGAAGGAUCGUCGAAAUCUGGGACUUGGCUAAUAGAUGCUAUGCUAUUGUAUCAAAGUUAUGCAUGUUGGACUGCACUAUCCCAAACUUCAAUUUACAGUCUCGGAUUCUAGGAGUUACUUCUACAUAAAAAGAUAAGCAAGCAGACUAGCCUAAGUGAAAUGUAGCAGUUCCAUUUCAUGAUAUGUAUCGAGAAAUGCAGCACGUGCUGUACUUUUGUGCGAGAAUGUUCCUGUUUGAGAACAAUGUACUGUCUGAAAUUUUGCACAAAGUUGUCUGCAGUA